AUGUCACCUAGCAUCGCAGUAAGGGAGAUUGGCAUUCUGAAGCCACGGAAGAAGUCUACACUCGAAUCUCUCAACAACGAUUGUCUGGCCUUGGUCUUCCAGGAAGUCGCCCUCACUUCGCACAAAUCAUUGCUUCCACUAUCUAGGGUCAAUCACAGGUUCUAUAUGCUCGUCGUUCGAUGGAUAUAUGGAGAUGUUUCAAUCAACAUCACGAAGGUGACUCACCUUCUAUUGCUGAAGCGCCUUCUACAACCACGCUCGAAAUUGGCAUCAUACAUCCGCUAUCUGGAGAUCACGCCUGCCGAUUCCACGCCAUUCUGGUUCCUUCAGGAUGUGGUCAACGUCUUGAAAAGGCUGGCAGUCUUAUAUACGUUUUGCUGGAAUGUAUUUUCGAAUGUAUAUCCCUUGAUCCUUUGCGAGCUGGUGAGAUUUCCAAAAGCCACACUCGUGGUCCGGGGUAACAAGAUAGCUUACUACGCCUCGUCUCCUGGUGAUAAGACGCUUACGCUGCUUCAUGUUUUCCCGGCUAGCCGACUCGCCUUUCCCAAUGGCAAUCUUACCGAGUUCACAUUCGAUGCUCAGCUCCCUUCGCAGAUCUACGAUAACUUCAAGGAAGAUAUACUGAAGUUAAUGGUAAACAACCCAUCACUGGCCACGCUUUCUCUCCAACCAAGGCACUUUUCGCUUCAGGCAUUCCCACAGAUGCUGGACGUUUUCCGCUCUGGCAACGUUCCAAACCUCAUACAUCUUGCUGUCCGUGGCUGGGCACUUUCGAUUUUCCAUCAGGACGAAUUAAAGCUAUGGGGUCAGAAAAUAGGCUGGGAACGCCUGCGCACGCUUUCGAUCGACAUAUCAGCCUUUCCGGCUCUAGUCGGAAAGACGCCAGUACUGGCCGAUCUAGAGUUGACAGCGACAACAAGUGCAGACCUCAUUCAGCUUCAGCUCCAACUGUUGGAAAUGGAAUAUCCAGUUGGAUGUUUGCUACCAAGGCUGACCGAGUUUCAUCUGAGGACCCCGCUCGAUAGGAUGCUUAUAUCAACAGCACGCCGUCCCGCGUUGAUCUUACCGAUGAUCCUCUUCAGGAUCAUGCCCAAAAUACUCACCAUGAACAUGGGGAGCAGCUACACGAUGAGCAUCAAUACAGUCAGCUUUGUACCGAUGAUUUUGGCGACCCCGGCGGCGCAGGACAUUGACAAAUUGCGAAAGUAUUGUCCAAUCAUACAAAAACUAUCCAUCGACAUUAAUCUCGACCAAGGUUGGCCAUUCGAUGUCCUCAAAAAGGUUGCUCGCUUUAAGGACCUGCACUAUCUGACGCUGAUGCUACAUUUUGAACAUUUGAACAACGCAAAGAAACGGAUGACACUCUCGAACUGCAAAGACGCCUUUGGGUAUAUCGCCCGAUCACGGCAUUUGCCACACGGCAAGCAGGAUCUACGCGAACGGCUUGUUGUCAGAUUCAAACUCGCGCGGAUGAAUGACGAUGACACUGCUAUAAGAAGAGGCUUUGAUAUGCCAGACUACGCAGUCUGGACAGACGCCGUAGGGAUACUUACAAAGACCUACAAGUACGAGGCGCCUUCUCGUACAAAACCUGUCUCUACUCUUGUUGCCUUGUCCAAUGAGCAACUUGAUAAGAGAGCACAGAAGGAGUGGCGUGUGUGGUACUUCACAAAGCCGUUCCUGCCGUUUUUGACAAAGUACCACGACCGAGCUGCUUCGAACUUGCAGAGAUUGUGGCAGGAGAGCCAGAGGCGGCAAUUUGAGGCUACAGGGGGCAGCCCUACCAACAUGGACAAACAGGUGACGUUGUUCGAUCAGUGGAGUGGGGAAGAGUGA